ACAAGCUUCGAGCUUGUGGCUUGUUGGGACAGGGCCAGUCAACCUCUGACUGGUCCAGUAAAAAAUACGAACGCUGGGAGGAAGUGCCUCUGCCCACAGGCAUCCUUCCUCCGAGGAGGGAAAGGAAAGCACCUCUCCCAAUUCGCUCGAGAAGUCCGCGGUCAGGGAACGAGGCAAAUGAUGAAGCCUCGGGUUCGGACUCCGAUGGAGGUAAAACCCUUCCUACUUCGCGAAUGUGGUCUCCCACUUUAUUAAAACACAGGCCCAAUAGACUAGUCUCGUGCCCACAGGAUAGAUAUCACUUCUACAUAUGGAGUUGGGUAGAUGACUGUGUCCAUAGGUUUGAUAGUGGGCUCGGGAAAUACGACACUAUGUAUACCACAGACGAGAUGUGGAAUGGGAUAGCUGUGCAGUAUGGGACCAAUGACUAUAGGGACCUUUCGAGGUUAUCACCAACUUAUAGGGAAGGCCCUCCCCCCGCCUCUUCUGAAGACGGGGGAAUUUCAUGGUCCCCAAGCUCGAUCUCGGGGGAAAGUUCCAGCAACAUGGACUCCGACCUCGACGCCCUCAUCGACAAUGCGGGUGCCAAGAGGAGCAAGCGCCCCAGGGCAAGGGGACUGACAACCAGUCAGCCUGGGAAAAGCUCCAAGAGAUCUAGGAAAACGCCUCCUCCUCCCCCGCCGGCUUCGAGCUCUGCUGCUGCGUCGACUGGCCAGACUAACGUCCCCACGACGAUACCACCCUCGCAGGCCGUCGUCUCUGUGGUGGCGCCGGCCUCGCAGACUGAUAUCGCUGCCGUGGUUGAAUCCCAACCUCCUGUGGCGGCAAAGAGAAACAAAAGAUUGAAAGAAUUAAAAGAGUUCUUUCUAAGCUCAGAGUUUGAUAUGAAAGACCAUGAAGUAGCUAAAACAAUUAUGGGAGUCAAUAUAAAAAGAAACAAAAGUUCUAGUGAUCUGUUCCUUGGUCAAAGUGAAUCAAUUGAUAGACAAGUUUGCAAUAAGAGGAGCGCUUCUCUACCAUUGUCUAGUCAGUUUCAAAUAUCAGCAAAGCAAAGUCCCAAAACAGAAAGUGAAAGGAAAGAAAUGGAGAAAUUCCAUACUCAAAAUGCUAUAGGAUCAGUUAUGUACUCCAUGGUUUGUACAAGACCAGAUUUGGCUUAUUCAACUAGCAUUCUGAGUAGGUACAUGGGAGAUCCAGGGAAGCCACAUUGGGUAGCUCUAAAAUGGAUGCUAAGAUGCAUGGCUAUGACUACUGACUAUGGUUUAAGAUUUAAGAAGAAAUAUGAUACAAUUCAGGUUGAAGGUGAUAAAGAUUCAAGAAAGUCAUCUACUUCAUUUGUGUUCUUAGUAUCUGGUAAUUGUGUGAGCUGGAAGUGA